AUGGCACGGGCAAAUGAUUCCAUGAAUGAGAACAAAGUUGACGAAGCAGGCACCAGUGGCGCUCAUCGAUCUCCUGGUGCACGGUCAUUCAGAUCUAGAAGCCGGCAUGGUGCAUCAAGGAAUGAGGAAUCAUCCCAUCCACAGCUCAGGAGGUCCUUUUCGUUGACAUCAUCAGCCAUGGAUCAUUCUUUGGAUGAACAGUUGAUGAGUUACUCACGUGAUAUUCCAUGUUCUAAGUCCAAUGAUUCAGACGCGCCUGGUCAUUUCGGCAAAGUGGAGUUAUCCGCAGGAGCUACACAUGUUCACCAGGAAGACACCACAGUAGAAGAAAAUACAUGGCCUGCUAAGUUGACCAAUUUCGUGAAUAAGAAUGAGGUACUGGACCUGUAUAUUGAUGGUGAGCAAGAAGUUGCCAGACUAAAUGAGAAGCAGAACCAGAAAUUCCCCGUCAGAUGUACAGCUCCUUAUUUGGGACAGGAAUGGCCACCACAGCCACCUUCCACAGCACCAUCUUCACCAAAAGUGUGCAAAGAGAUCAUUGAGAACCCCUCUAACACUGAUACCGAUGACAUCUGGCAUUCCUAUCUUGCUUAUGAGGGAACAAAGGGUGCCUUCAAGGUUGCAUCCGUGUGUCAUGAAGGUGGACAUGAUGCAAGAUGUCUUGAAGCAUCUUCUGAGUAUCUUUCAUAUUUUGAAGAGUGCAGAUCACAGAGUAUGACUACUGUGGAUGACAUCUAUGAGGACUUGCAAGAUGUACGACUUCCAUCUCCAUUCUUCUACAGCACUUCAACGGAUCCUAUUUCCAGUGCUACCUCAAGAUACUUCACUGCAGACAUUCAUUGUCAUGAUCAGUGUCAUGGUGUUCAUGAUUUCAACUUGGAACAGGACACUGAUGAAAAGUUGCUUCAAAGAGCUAAAGAAAUUGAUGCAUGCCUUAUGGUUCCCCUUGUAGAAAACAGUAAGCUUAAUGCGCUAAGGGAUAAGAGGUCAAAUUCAACUAAAAUCUGGCAAUUCAUUGAGGGUCUGAUUGAAGAUAGAAAAAAAUUGGUAGCUGAAGUAUCUUCACAGAUUAAGGCACGUCUUACAGAAAGAUUUGCAGCCAAAGAACAAUAUAAGAGAUCCAAGUUAGAAUUAGAAACCAGAACUAGAAGGCUGGAGAAGGAGAAGAUCGAUCUACAAAGUAACUUGGAAAGGGAAUUGGAUAGAACGUCAAAUGAUUGUUCAGUCAAACUGGAGAGAUUUCAAUCUGAAGAACAAAGACUACAGGAAAGGGUAAGAGAGCUUGCAGAGCAGAAUGUGUCAUUUCAGAGAGAAAUUACUUUGCUUGAAUCAUACAAAGUUGAUACCACUAGUAGGAUUAAAAGUCUAGAGCUACAAAACAAGCAUCUGAACAAUGAGUUGCAGGGAGUAAAAGAUGACCGUGACAAUCUUCAUAGCUCCUCAGUAGAAUUGCAAGAUAACCUUAAUAUAGCUAUAGAGGAAAGGGACAUGAUCCAAGAAUCUUUGAAAGACAAAGAGGAGGACAAAAAGGAGAACACAAUUACUAGCCUAAGAAAAGGAUUUGGCGCUGAAAUAGAAAAGAGAGAUGGUGGAAAUAGUGAUAUAAUAAACAGGAUGCAGAUGGAACUUCUCAGACUUACUGGAGUUGAGCAAAAUCUGAGAAAAGAAAUUCAAUCCUGUACCAUUGAGAUGGAGUCUCUUAGGCAAGAGAAUUUAGCGAUUUUCAAUCGUCUACAAAGGAGUGAGGAUGGAGCGAAUUUUUCCACAGUUCGUCUUGACCAGGAGCUUCAGGCUAGAGUGGAGAGUUUGCAGACACAAGGUUUAUCAUUACUUGACGAUUCUAGCCAACUUUGUGGCAAGUUGUUGGAAUUGAUCAAAUCAAAGAAGAGUGAGAACAGCAGUGAUGUCGAUGCAUUAGUAGCCAUCGAGUACACUCUAAAGUACCAAAGUAUGAUAGGAGGAAUUGAGAAUGUAAAACAGAGUCUGCGUAUGAUCAAAUCUCUGUUGACUGAGAAGCAAAACGAAGAAGAGAUUGAACAGAGUGCUGAAAGUUAUCUUUCAGGACAAGAGAAGUUAUCCAGGGAUGACAUUGAAAUUAAGCUGAGAGAAGAAGCUAUGAUCAGUAGGGUUCUAAAGGAGAAACUUCUGUCCAAGGAAUUAGACAUUGAACAAUUGCAGUCAGAUCUAGCAGCUUCAGUCAGGGUCCAAGAGGAAUCUAAGCAGAUGAGAAGAACUGUUAGUGGCUUGCAAAAUGAAGUUGCUUCGUUAAAGCAGAAGAUUAGAGCACUUGAUGAAGAUUUACAGUUUAAGGAGAGUGAGAUACUGCUUCGAGAGGGUGAGAUUUCAAUAUUGCGUGACGGUAGUGACAAGCCAUUUGACAUCAUCUGCAGCCCUCGAUCGAUGAGGCAGUUCGGCAUGGAGUAA